AUGGCACCACGCAGUCCAACUCAACAAGUUCAAUCACCCCAGAUGCUGCUGGAUUCUGGAGAUUUGGAGGGUCAGGCCCUCAAGAAAGAGCUGGACGACCUAAAGAAAGAGCAUGACGUCCUUAAGACAAAUUACGCUAACCUGGAGGAUGAGUAUGCCAACCUAAAAGCUGAGCAUACUGGCCUUAAGGGCGAAUGUGAAGGCCUCAAAGGCCAGUGUGAAGGCCUUAAGGGUCAGUUUGCAGGGCUUCAGGGCCAGUGCGACAGGCUGAAGGAAAAGCAAGCCGACCUGUCAAGUUCCCUUGAAAAACUCAAGGAGAACGCAGCAAGGACCAGUGCGCUCAUCGAACGUUACAAAGAAGACUUCAAAAAGGUUUCGGCUGCAUUGAGUGGCCAGUAAAGCGAAGGAAAACGCAGGGAAUCCGUAGAGAAUGG